AGGUGGAAGUACGCGCUAGGAAGGAAAGCAGCAUUUGUCAGGAAGGUGCUAAAGUCGAGAGCGGGAGAGGUUGUGUUUGACAAAGGAGACCUGGUGCAAGUGUUCCGAAACAACCUAGCCGACACAGUCAGCAACAAGAGGAAGCUGACAAGCUGGUGGUCCGAGCUGCACAGAGUUGAAGAGCGCAUACUCAACUUCUAUCAGCUGAAGACAAUCGAGGGAGUGCAAAUCGAGGGCAGAUACAAUGCCAGAAGACUGUCAGGGGAACCCCUGCUUUUGUCCGAUCAUCAUGGGAUCUUGCAUGUGACCGUGCACGUGCCAUCUGUCAGGCGUCACAUGCUUUGGUCCGGACUUCCCUGCCAAGCACAACCACAUGACACUCCGGCCCGGACCCCUAUUGUUCCGACGGUCCGGCUCCCAUUGUUCUCCCUGAUCUGGCCCCUCAUUGUUCCCUGGCCCCAUUGUCUGGCGCUUCCAUUGUGCUUGGUCAUCCAUUGUUCUGUAGGCUAUAUAUAG